UAUGGGCCGGCACAAGCCGGCCCAUUCUAUGAAAUAAGAUUUAUAGAGCUGCAUGCGUUUCUGCGGGAUAGGGAAUUAAGUUUCUGCGGGAUGUGUGUGUAUAUUUGAUAAAAGAGCAAUACUGCUUGUAAAUAUGAUUUUCAUCAUUUGCAUGUAAAAUAAUUCGUUUUGUUUCCAUAAAAAUAGCAAUACUGAUUUUAAAUAUGAUUUUCAUCAUUUGCAUGUAAAAUAAUUCGUUUUGUUUUUUUAAAUGUUUGUUUUAGCAAAUAACACUGCGUGCGCCCAGGUCACACCGGUGCAGUCCAUGUAUCAUUUCAUUCGGUAAACCUUUGAUUCCGUAAUCUUCAUUAGAUGAGGUAUAAAUCGGCUGAGGUGUGCCGAGAUUGUUGACCUUAAAGCUAUUUAUAUGCUGUCGUCAUAGGUGUGCCGAGUUGACCUAAAAGCUAUUUAUAUUAUGUCGUCAUAGUUUUCGAGACUCCUCUUAGUUUUACCAACUCUUGCUUUAGGAUUUUCGCGCGCUUUUAAACAAAGGAUAUUUUCGGAAUCCCGGGGUUUAUUUCGAGACUCCUCUUAAUUUUACCAGUUCCUGCGCUAUGAUUUUCGCGCGUUUUUAAACAAAGGAUCUCUUCGGAAUCCACCUUUUUGCUGAAAGAAGUCAAAAUGUCGGACGAAAGUGUGUCAAAGCGUUUAAAAGUCAUGAAGAAAUCAGACGAGUUGCUUCAUUACAACAAUUCAAAGACAAACAAAGAAAUGAAAUAUUUUAAUAUUGUUGGCGCUGAAGGUGAUAAUGCUAUGAUUGUCAGAUGCUACAUUACAUCUAAGUUCAACACCAUUGAACCUGGAUUGAGCUUCAGAUUUCAAAAUUUGACAACUCGAGGAAAGAAUGAGUUUUGGGCAACCAGCAAAACAAUCAUAUCAUACACGUCUACAGUUGAUGUAAGCCCAGACAUUGCUCUUCCAUGCUUGCCAGAAAAAAUGCCACCAGAUGGACUUAACCAUUCUUUACAAGAGGCAUUAAAUUCCCCAGAAAAAUCUAGCAUUAUGGGAAAAAUUGUUAAGGUUUCUCCAAUUAAGUAUGUAAGAGACGGCAAUCUUGCAGUGAAGUCAAUACUCUUGAAGGACAACAGCACAGUUGCCAAAGUUUGUCUUUUUGACAAACUUGCAGAAAAUGAGUAUGCCGAAGGAAACAAUUUGCAAAUUACAGCAGUGUAUCCAAAGAAGUACUUAGGUGUUGAUCAGUUGACUGCAACUGCAGUAUCAAAAUGUCAGUUUUUAUCUGACCAGAAUUUCCCCGAAAUGGUUGAAGAAGAUUUACAGAUAUUUCAAAAUGACGAAGACUUCUUCAAUUCUGUUAGUGAUUUGCAAGCAUCAAUUGUUACUCUUACAGACAUCCUUGAUAUUGACAUCUACGAUGUUUGCGCCAAAGAUGCCUGUAGAGAGAAAAAAAUGCUGAAAGACAAAUGUCCUAUCUGUGGUGGCAAGGAUAAAAAGAAUGAAAGAAACAUCAGAGUAACCUUCUUGUAUUCCACAGAAUCCAAGCAAGAUGAGAGGUCAACUGUCUUUAAAAACACUCUGCGAGAAAUCAUGAAAGACAAUUUUAACAUCGAGUCAAAAUCUGCAUGUUUGAGCGCUCUUCUCGAAAAGUUGCCAAUAAAAUUUAAAUGUUACAUUACAGCGAAAAACUCAUUCUACAACAUCUCACAGUUGUAGAUAGCAAUGUUAGUUUUUUCUGAAAGGUUACAUUACAGCAAAAAAAAUCUCACAGUUGUAGAGAGCAAUGUUAGUUUUUUCUGAAUUUUUUUUUAUUUUAGUUUUUUUUCAUAUAGCUGAUCUUUUUUCUGUAGAUUUUUUGUUUUAGGUUUUUUGUUUAAUAGUUUCACUAGCUAUAAAAGUAUAUGUUCACAUGUCAAUUGAUGCAAGAUGAAAGAGGCGCUGUAUUUAAAAAGACAAUUUACAAGAAAUUACAAAGGAUGUUGACUUUUAAACUAGGAGCAUGUCUUGUGUAAGUGUCCAUUUGGAAAUGUUUCCAAAAUUAUAUUAGUGUGAGAUAUACAUUUUUUAAACAUCUCAGAGUUGUUUGACCUCUGACAGUUGUAUUGUAGUAAGCAAUAAUGUUAGUUUUUUUUUGGUUUUUUGCUUUUGUUUUACUUUUUUUGUAAUUUUCAAUGCUAUAGAAGUACGUAGUAUUAGCAGUCAUCAUUUUUUGUUGUUGUUGAUUUUGUUAACUUUAGCACCAUUAUACAAACUGUAGCUUUAGCACUCAGUACAAAAUAUUUACAAGCAGUAUUAUUUUAGUACAAUAUAGCUCUCGAAAAAAGAUAUUCUUUGUUCUAGUCGUUCCAACUAGUCAAUUAUUUUUAAACUUGUUAUGUCAAUAAAGUUUUCAUAUAUUCAAAAUGAAUUGAUUAUUUUAUAAACUUUGAUAUCUGCAUGACCCUUAGCUUGCUACUUUGGGAUUAAAGGUCACAGACACAUGGAAAGAUGGUUUGAAGUUAGGUUAAGCAAUGUUUAAGGUAGUCCCUUUAGUACUGAUCUAGUGAUUUUGAGGUGAAAGGUUCAAAGUUUCUGCACAUAAGAAAAUACUGUUUGCUGAAUAUCUUGAUAAAUAUUCAUCGAAGUUCUAACAUCCAUAGUUAAUCGACAUAAUAGGUUUAUUCGCUAAUGAACACUUAAUAUUGUCUAAUCAUAGUUUAUAAAAACCUUACUCGAUAGAAACAAUCCUACUUCUGCAAUUUUG